UUGAUCUGAACGUAGCCCAGAAUCCGCUGAGUAGAAGGCAUGGGUCUUGCACCGAGAGGGCGGCGACUGGAGGUAGAGGGCGGGUGAGAAAUUUUCCUUCAUCCCUCAGUCUGUGCUCCCAGGGUACGCGGAGGCAAGAUCGUCUCAGUUGCUCAGCCCCAAGCGGGGAUUUUUUCAGGCACGGUGGGCCAAGGAAGAACGGCCAGUGGAGGUGGCCACCUCCAAGGUGGCAGCAGCGCCCGGCGGCAGCAGCAGGUGGCUUCCCCUGGAACUCAGCGUUAGGAGUCCUUGGGGCCUCAUGCACACAGGCUGCCCGGCUGCGGUGCGCUAAGACGCACAGCUGAGAGAGCGGCGAGCCUCCCUGCUGUCACACGGGCUGGACACUGAUGGACCCCGGGGUCAUCGGGCGGAGCCUCCGGGCGCCUCCGCCACCGGCACCGCCUCCGCUGCUGCUGCUGCCGCUGCCGCUGCUUCUAUUGCUGCUGCUGCAGGUGGCCGGCCCAGCCUCUGCCUUCUCGGAAAACCUGCUCACCGCCCCGGGGGUGAUGGGGACCAGUGCGGUCCCCGCCGGCCCCGGGAGCGUGGUGGCUCCGGGAACGACCCCCUUCGAGGAGAGCCGGCUACCAGUGUUUACCCUGGAUUAUCCCCAUGUGCAGAUUCCCUUCGAGAUUACCCUCUGGAUACUGCUGGCUUCCUUGGCCAAGAUCGGCUUUCACCUCUAUCACAAGUUGCCUACCAUAGUGCCUGAAAGCUGCCUUCUUAUCAUGGUUGGACUUCUAUUAGGUGGGAUUAUAUUUGGAGUAGAUGAAAAGUCUCCACCUGCGAUGAAGACAGAUGUAUUUUUCUUAUAUCUCCUUCCACCCAUAGUUCUUGAUGCAGGAUAUUUUAUGCCAACCCGUCUCUUUGAGAACAUCGGCACCAUAUUCUGGUAUGCUGUGGUAGGGACCCUUUGGAAUUCUAUUGGCAUUGGGAUCUCUCUGUUUGGCAUCUGCCAGAUUGAAGCAUUUGGCUUGACUGACAUCACUUUGCUACAAAGCCUGCUUUUUGGCAGCUUGAUUUCAGCUGUGGAUCCCGUGGCGGUGCUUGCAGUCUUUGAGAACAUUCAUGUCAAUGAACAACUUUACAUCCUGGUAUUUGGAGAGUCACUGUUGAAUGAUGCUGUGACAGUGGUGCUGUACAAUUUGUUUAAGUCUUUUUGCCAGAUGAAAACAAUUGAGACCAUUGAUGUGUUUGCUGGAAUCGCUAACUUCUUUGUGGUUGGAAUCGGGGGGAUAGUGAUUGGAAUCUUGCUGGGCUUUAUAGCAGCAUUUACCACCCGUUUCACGCACAAUAUCCGAGUGAUUGAGCCACUCUUUGUCUUCCUAUACAGCUACUUAUCAUACAUCACAGCAGAAAUGUUUCACCUCUCAGGCAUCAUGGCGAUCACAGCUUGUGCUAUGACCAUGAAUAAAUAUGUGGAAGAAAAUGUAUCUCAAAAAUCCUAUACAACCAUCAAGUACUUCAUGAAGAUGCUGAGCAGUGUCAGUGAGACCUUGAUAUUUAUCUUCAUGGGAGUGUCAACAGUUGGAAAAAACCAUGAGUGGAACUGGGCCUUUGUCUGCUUCACCCUGAUCUUCUGCCUGAUCUGGCGUGCCCUAGGUGUCUUUGUUUUGACUCAGAUCAUUAACUGGUUCCGGACAAUACCUCUGACUUUUAAAGAUCAGUUCAUCAUUGCCUACGGAGGAUUACGAGGAGCCAUCUGUUUUGCUUUGGUCUUCCUGCUUCCUGCCGCAGUAUUUCCCAGAAAGAAACUGUUCAUUACAGCUGCCAUUGUGGUCAUAUUCUUCACAGUUUUCAUUCAGGGAAUAACUAUUCGGCCGCUGGUGGAGUUCCUUGAUGUGAAGAGGUCAAAUAAAAAGCAGCCAGCUGUCAGUGAAGAAAUUCAUUGCCGGUUUUUUGAUCAUGUGAAGACUGGGAUUGAAGAUGUAUGUGGACAUUGGGGUCACAAUUUUUGGAGAGAUAGGUUCAAAAAAUUUGAUGAUAAAUACCUGAGGAAGCUUCUAAUUAGGGAAAACCAACCCAAGUCAAGCAUCGUUUCAUUAUAUAAGAAGCUGGAAAUAAAGCAUGCCAUAGAGAUGGCAGAGACUGGGAUGAUAAGCACAGUGCCAUCUAUUGCUUCACUAAAUGAUUAUCGUGAGGAAAAAAUAAGAAAGCUGACCCCUGGUGAAAUGGAUGAGAUACGACAAAUAUUGUCAAGGAAUCUGUAUCAAAUACGACAGCGUACUCUGUCCUAUAACAGACACAACCUGACCACAGAUACAAGUGAAAGGCAAGCCAAAGAGAUUCUGAUCCGACGGCGACAUAGCUUGAGAGAAAGCAUAAGGAAAGACAACAGCUUGAACUGGGAUAGACGGGCAUCUACUUCAACAUCCCGGUAUUUGUCACUACCUAAGAACACUAAACUUCCAGAGAUGUUAAAAAGAAGACAUAAUGUGUCUAAUGCAGAUGGCAAUAGCAGUGAUUCUGAUCCAGAUACUGGGACCACAGUGCUAAAUCUGCAACCAAGGGCAAGGCGUUUUUUGAUGGACCAGCAUCAGAAAGCCCAGCAGCAAUACCGCAUGGAAUGGAGAAAUGAAGUGCAUGGAGAUGCCAGCAGAGGGCAGCCCUCCAUCACCUCAGCUCUCCACAGCUCAGCAGUCCAAGCACAGACACCAGGUGUGCUCCGGGAGCCUUUGCUCUCCAAAGCCAAAUUUGGCACUGUGAGAGAAGAAGGUUUGACUGAAGGCAAAAGACCAGUGCCUCCCCCCAGGCUAGUCAGGCGGGCCUCAGAGCCUGGAAACCAGAAACACAGAUAUGGAAGUGAUAACCCUUAGUGGAAACAGCCAAAACAGGACUGUGGUAACUGGCCUAACACAUCUGUAGCUUAUUACCCUGAAAUCUGACAGAACAAUUGAAUCCAUUUUAAACUCACUAUGGAUCUAAAUAUUUUCUGUGGGAGGCAGGGCCAAGCCAUCGAUUUAAUGGGAUGAAAUGAAAAGCCCAGCAGGAGGAAAACAAACAAAACAAAGGAAAAAUAAAACAUAAAGCAUCUUUUAUGAUUAGCUUCUAGCAAUUGCAUUCUUUCCAGGCUUGAAAAAAAAAAGUGUGCCUUUAAUGGUUCUGGAAUUGAAUAACAGAACUAAAAUAUUUUUAGCAAACACCAUUGAUGGUGAAAACACAUAUAUCUAUGCUUCAUUCGAGCUUUUAUUUAUUAAAUUUUCUUUUCAUCUAAAACCCAUGUCUAAAUGAAUAGUACCCCCAAUUUAAAAAAUACAUAGAACAUUUUUCUUGAAAAAGAAAGCAGAACAAUAUGGGGCUAUUUUUGAAAGAUGACAAGUCUGUCAGCAGAGGUUGGGGGAGUUUCCCAUACUGCAAUGUGGCAACAAAGAGUAUUUUUCAAAACAGAGUGUUCAACUACAGCAUUCAAGUCUCUAUCAGGAAAACCAUCAGAUAAGCUGUAUGGACAAAGUGACCCGACUGUCGUCAAGUGGCCUAAGGGCCGUGUGACCCCGCCUCCACAUAUUAAUGAAGAGCAGCAAUCUUUCAGUCUGUCUCUAUCUUGUGUUUGGCUGUGAUGUGAAAAGUGAAUCUCCACUUCUUGUUUACCUGGUGCAAACGGACUGACUAGGCAGUGUAGGCGAGAAUUGCCACGUGGUGGGUUGCAGACUUAGCUGACUAUGAAGUUCCAUCCACACUAUUUGUAAGCAGUGUGGGGGCAAUAGGGCAUCUCAGAGUUCCAUGUGUUUACAUUGUAUCAGUUGAUAACUUAUACUGUGCAAUAUUAGGGAGGAUGCAGGCAGUCCUGGAUCCAUGCCCACCCAGUACCACCUCUUCAGGUAGAAUCUCCCGUUUUGGGGACUUUAGGACAAUGAAUCCAGGUCAUUAGCUUCAAGUUGAGGAAAACAGGUGGUAUGCUAUGCUCCAGAAUUUUACAACAAUGAGAGAAUUCUCAUUGUUAUUUGUAGAUUUUUACCCAGAAGACAUUUUCAUGUGAGAAUUUAAAAUAAUCUGCUAUACCUACUUAAAAAAAAAACCUACUAGCUUAGAGAUGGCUACAUAUAAAACAAAUGCAAUUAUAACUCAACGUUUUUCCAUCUAAAUUGAACCCUAGAUAUAUGAGUAAUCUAAGGUAUAGCAUAAAUUUAAGUAUCUGUGAAAUUUAAGUAUAUCAAAUUGCUAUUUGAUUCAUUAUUCCCUGUAACAUAACUUUUUAUGUCUUGACCUUCUUUUUUUUUGCUAAAUUAUACUCUUUUAAAACUUGAUUGGUACCAAGAUUUAGACUAAUUAUGUCCCCAUAUAAGAUUGAAAUUUGACAGAGGCUCCCCAAAUUUUAUAUAGGUAAAAACUUGAAAGGGCUACAAAGACCUGACUUGUAUUAAUUAAGAUGUAAAAAUGGGUAUGGUUUAAUCGAGUAAUUAGAAGGUUCAAGUAGAGAUUUUCAUCUUUAAUUUGAUCAUGAAGCCUUCCUCAUUGUUUCUCAUGCCCUAGACCCUGAACCCCUGGAACAUGGUUUGGUAUAGGACUGGAAGCAGUGUGACCAACCCAGAACAAACAUGUCUGUCAGACAUGUUUUCAGAACCUCUAGAGAUGCCUAACAGAUACUCAGGUUAUGUGAGGAAAAAAAACCAAAAACAACAACAACAGUUUUUAAACCACUUUGACUUUGGGCUUAGUACCAAAAACCAAAAUGAAAAAAAAAACAAAGCCCUACCAAAAACCAACAUGAAAAAAAAAUCCCACCAAAACUUUAAACAUAGAAUAGGUAUUUAUAGAUUUUUUGGUAAAGAGAAAAAAUAGAGGCGGUUUAUAGAUUUUUGAUGAAGGUAUAUAAUUGAGUUUAAAAGAUUUGUGAUAUAUUUUUAACAAAGCAAGAGUAAGUUAUGGUUUUCAGAUUAGUCUAGAUGUUUAAAAUGUAUAGAAAAUGAAGGAGAAAGAGAAACUGACCCUUAAUACUGUCCCAAGUUUUUUGACUUUACAAUUUUCAUGCAAGAUUACAAGGAGGGAACAGGGAAAUCUUUUUAUAACUCAUUUGUUACUUCUUAAGGAAGUAGACAAAAUUCAAUUUUCACUUAAGAUUAUUUACAUUAUAAACUUGCAUGUCAUUUAUAAAUUUAUUUUUUACAAAGAAAGGACAAGUGUCAGGUGUUUUAAUGUGUAAUUUGAAAAAACAUCAGUGCCUUGCACAUAGUAAAUGUCUGUUUAAUUGAAUUGAAUUAAUAUACAUGCAUACUUUUCCCCCCUUUGAAACAAAGCAAGUUAAGAGAUAGCUAUCUAAGCUUGCCUCUAUUUUUUUCCCUGUCAUCAGAUAUUAUGAUAGCAAUUGUCUUUGGUGAUCAUAUGGAAAUUCUAGGUAAUGUCUAAGGCAAAGAGUAUACAAGUCUUACAACAACACCUACCUUUAAACAACUAUUAUUAUAACAGAAUAUCUGCAUAACAAAAAGAUUGCCAAACCUCAGCUAAUGGCUCACUUAUUUCAAGCAUUAUUUGACAACAAAAUUUUAGUACAACAACAACGACGACGAUGACAAUUUGACUGUUCUUUGGAGGUUAUUGUAACAAAAGUUAACUUGUAUACAGGCCUUUCUUCUCAAAUCAUUCUGAGGGCUCAUUCUGAGGCAUUUUUUUUAAAACUGAAAACAGGUAUAAAUUAGGUUUUUGUUCUUUUGGAAUGAUUCAUUCAAAAAUGCCACAUUGAGAUGGCUUUCUUUAGAUCUUGCAGAUUUGUGUAUUUUGUUUUGGGCAGCCUUUGGUAAUUGCAGGAUUCUACCCAGCUGUCUGGCAUGUGACUUUUUUUUAGCUUAGAUUAUGCUUUGUGGUGAGAUUGGACAACAGUACUUGGGUGAGGGUGGGGGAUUGUUAAUUUAUAUUUUAAAAAUCUUGAAUUAAAAUGUAUAGAAUCACAUUAAUUUAUUAAACACUUAAGCACAUUUUGCAUUUGUUGCACUACCCAAGUUAUGUUUAUAUUGAAAUUAGCAUCUCAGUAUCAAAUGUAAAAAUCGCAAUGUUUUUGUUGAUUGGAAGAUUAAGUUUGUCUAUAUUCUGUAAGGAAUGAUUAAAGAGUUUGCUUUAUUCAGUAAGUGGAAAUGCAAGUUGACAUUGUCAGCCAAGGUUUGGAUGAAACUAGCAUGACCUCCAUCACUGUAGGCAAGAAUGAAUCACAGAUCACAGCAGAUUUCCCAUUCUGUUGGAUCUUGUUUGUUUUAUUGCUAUAACAUAUUGGUUUUUUUUUUCUUUUUCUCUCCCAAUUCUUUUUUUCCCUUAUUACUCUUCAUUUCAUUACUAAGGAAACCUGGAUAUUCACUGUGAUGUUAAAUAGUUCACUUUGCUUAGUAUUGAACCUUAGUUUCUAAAUUAUUUUAGACUUUGCAAUAGAUCUAGGCAAUUUAUUCAUUUAAACUGAUUAUUUAACAUUAUGGAACCAAACAUCCACAAGGUUUAUGGAAUUUGUUAAUUAGUUGUUUGAUAUCAUUCAUUUUUCUUCUUUCACUCCUAGUUUUUUUUUUAAAUCACAAGAAUUCUGUUUUACAUAAUUAUAUACAUACAGCAAGUUACAGGUCAGCAUUCUUAUUUUGAUGGUGAGUGAAUGGGAUGUUCAGGUUACCAGACUGUUACCAUACCUAUCUGAAAGGAAGCACAGCAUAGUGGAUGGAGAGUGUAACCCAGCCUUAGGCUAGGUUCAAGUCCUUGCCUCUGACAUAUACUAGUGAUAAGACGAUUUAACCUCCUUGGCCCAGGAAACUCUCUAAGACGAUAAAUUGAAGUUGCUAAUGUGCAUUUUUGGACAGCUAGGUGACUCAGUGGAUAGAGUGUUGGGCCUGAAGUCAGAAACAGUCGACUAUCUUUG